AUGACAGUGGGAGCUUCUUUGCGAGGAAUGUUCAACAAGAAUGACUUCGUUCUGGUGCCAGAACGAGAAGUACUUGACAGGUAUAUGGAUGCGCUGGAGGAGGAAGGACUGAGGUUGGUGGCGAAAAGAGAGAAAUUCCCAUCGUUAAAUGAGACCGAUGUUUUCAAAUACGAGCUAGUUGUGCUUGGAAAAGCAAUGCAUAGUAUCGCACUUUGUGUCCAAGACAAUAUAUCCGAACAUCCGACAGCGUCAGAUUUCACUAUCCACACCACUCCUUUCAAAAAUCUUCCAAUAUUUAAGAGUCAUGUACGACCACACUUUGUGAUCUUCCAUAGUGGGAAAGCAGUUGGGGAUCUGGAUUACCAAACGAUAAAGGAAUGGGAUUCACAGGACCCGAGACUCAUCGAUAUGUGGAAGUUAUACACGGCAUGGAUCCAAAAGCCACCUUCCACCGAGGAUGAAGGCGGUGAGGACAAGGGAGAUGAGGAUAAGGAACCACUGGGGAGAGAGUUGCGUAGUAGAUUUGAGAAGUCUCCAACUUUAAACAGCAAGUCUGGUGGGCAGGGGGAACAAGAGAGGGUGGGGUGA